AUGUCGAAGACCCAGGCCGACAUCGAGGCCGAGCAGGAGGCCAUGCUGAAGGCGAAGUACGGUGGCUUGAAACCCAAGCAGCGUCUGCUGCCCAAGGACCACAAGUUCUUCGACUCGGCGGACUGGGCGAUGCAGAAGCAGAAUCCGGGCGCGCGCGGGGCUCCCAAGCCUUCCCCGCAGGCCCCCAAGGCGGACGCCCCCUCGGACGAGGCCGCGCUCGAGCCCAAGACGGAGCCAACAGGCCACAAGAAGUCCAACCGCAGCUCGUUGGAUCGAACGAGCGGCGGAGGCGACGCUUGA